AUGAAAAGCAGCAGCAGGGUUGCUUGGAGAGUGGGCAUUAAUCUCGUGGUUGUGAUUCUUCUGAUGGCAGUCUUUGCAAUUGCAAGCAUCGAGGCCAAACCCUGCAAGCCCAGCGGCCACAUCAAGGGGAAGAAGCCGCCGCCGGGAAAAUGCAACACCGACAACGAGUCCGAUUGCUGCAAGGAGGGCAAGAUCUACGCCACCUACAAGUGCUCGCCCAAGGUAUCGCGCCGGACCAAGGCAACGUUGACGCUCAACGGCUUCGGCAAGGGCGACGACGGCGGCGGCCCCUCGGAGUGCGACAACAAGUACCACUCCGACAGCACGCCGGUGGUGGCGCUGUCGACCGGGUGGUUCGGCAACCAGCGCAGGUGCCUCAACAACAUCACCGUUUACGGCAACGGGCGGAGCGCGACGGCUAUGGUGGUGGACGAGUGCGACUCCACCAUGGGCUGCGACGACGAGCACGAUUACCAGCCGCCGUGCCCCAACAACAUCGUCGACGCCUCGGAGGCCGUGUGGAAGGCUUUGGGGGUUCCCAAGCAUGACUGGGGCAGCUUGGAUAUCACCUGGUCCGAUGCCUGAAUCUUCAUCAUCCCCUUCUACGGCCGCCGUAGCCGCCACAACUAUAUAUACAAUUAACUAUAGAACCAGUCGUCGAUCAGUGAAUAAAGCGCGUGCUUUACGUAUGAUCAUACUCUGAUCAUUAAUUUGCUUCUUGCAAAUGAUU